AUGUUUAUGUUCAACAAUGCUCAAAAUUCAAGUGGGUGUAUUGAAUUAUUUGUUGAGUAUUCACCUGUGAGAAGUUCAGAAAUCCCACCAGUUGUUGAUUGUGGUAUUGGAUCAUCUGCGAGGGUUGAACUUUUGAGCUCAGACUGUGGUAUUGGAUCAUCUGCUAGGGGUGAACAUAUGAACUUUGAUCAUAGUAUGAAUGAGCAGAGAGAUGUUGUAGAUGCUGUUGAUGUUGGUGUUGGAUUGAAUGAUGAGGUAGAUGUUGUAGAUGUUCUUAAUGAGCCAACAGCAUUAUCUGAGACUGAGCCAGAACCCGAUCUCUGUGAUGGUGAUGGUUCUUCUGAUGAUGGUGAUGGUUCUUCUGAUGAUGAGAUAAUACCUUGUAAACCUGUUGUACAAGGUGAACAACCACUUCCAGAGUACAACACUAGGGGGUUGAAAUUCUUUCGCAAAUUACCAAGUGGUCCUUCUGGAGUAUCUGAUGAUGUUGUUGAUAAUGAACAUAGCAAUUUGUAUUGGGAUGAGAAAGAGCCGCAUCGGAUUGUGUUGGGAACAAAAUUUGAUUCCAAGCUUCAUGUGAAGACUGCUAUAACUAUGUGGAGUUUGUGGCAGGAAAAACAGUUUAAGGUCGUCGAGAGCAAAUUAAGAAGGUGGCAUGCCGUAUGCAAAUUUCCAGCAGGAACGACAGCAACAGGUAUAGGCAUCAUCAGCACCACCGACGCUGAAAAAGCGAGGGAAUGUAAGUGGGAGGUUUCAGUUACACAAAGGGCUCAUGACGAUAUGUGGGAAGUUAGAAAGUGGAUGGGUCGACAUACUUGUGUAGGCCAUCGUGCUAACAGAGAUCAUGCUAACUUCUCAUCGGCAAUGAUUGCUCUGUGUAUUCGACAUCAUGUGCGACAAUGUGCCGAUUUCAAGGUCUUCUCAAUAAUAGCUGAUAUUCAAGACAGAUUUGAUUUGCAGAUGUUCUUAAUGAGCCAACGGAUUUUUCCGAAGACAAAGGAACCCGAUCUCUAUGAUGGUGAUGGUUCUUCCGAUGAUGGUGAUGGUUCUUCAAUGAUGGAAAAUAAUACCUUGAAAACCCCGUUGACAAGCCCGGGGAAACCGGGCACAAUUGUUGAAUGGAAGCACAACGAGUUGUUGAGUCAAAGACGUACAAAUGUGUUCAACUAUGUUUUCUGGGCAUUUGGGCCUGCAAUACAUGUUUUCCCGGAAGGCUGCCCCGGUGUUAACAAUAGAUGGGACUCACCCCCAGGAAGUUUUAAAAAGGAAAGGGCGCUUGUUGCUUGUGGUUUUGAUGCUAACAAGACAUGCUUGCCUUUUGCAUAUUUUUGUGGUGGAUGA